AUGGAUCAACAAAAGAUUGCAGAGUUUUGUGGAAUCACAGGAGCCGAUCCAAGCAUAGCACAAGCCGCCCUUGCAUCUGCAAAUGGAAGCCUUGACGAUGCGCUAGCUCUCCACUUUGCUCAACAAGAUGAGGAACCAAACAGUGGCGAAGAUGAAGAUUACGAAGAUGCUCCCGCCGCUGGAUCCUCCGCAGCAUCACAACCCACCUCCGCCCAACCUCCAGUUGUAUCAUCAUCCUCAGGCCCAGCCCGCACCACAAAGGCCAAGCGACCACUACAAAUGACGAUGGACGAGCUUAAGAAGCGCAGCGAAGAGGGAGAUGAUGACAGCGAAGACGACAAGCGUCCAGACAUGUUUGCUGGUGGGGAGAAGAGCGGGCUUGCCGUCCAAAACCCUGGUCAAGGCGGAGGCAAGGGUUCUGAUCACUUUAAGAACAUCAUGAACCAAGCUCGCCAAAACCGGGACCGGCCCAACGCUGAUGGCGAGGAGUUGGAGGAAGGAGAGAGGAGCACAAACUUCACCGGUCGUGCACAGACACUAGGAGGUGAUGAUGCGCCGAGCGAGGUUGUCGCAGAUCCUCUCGCCGAACAACGAUCCCGUCCACAGAAUCUGGCCCCCAUCACGAGAGUUCUGCACCUGUGGGCUGACGGCAUCAGUGUGGACGAUGGGCCGCUCUUCCGCUUCGACGACCCCGCCAACCAGGGCAUUAUGGCGGAGAUCAACCGUGGCCGCGCACCCCUCGCCUUGUUAGAUGUGCAGCCGGACCAGCCCGUCGACCUCAAGCUCGAGCCGCACAAGGAUGAGAACUACGUCGCGCCAAAGAAGACCUACAAGCCCUUCGGCGGUCAGGGUCAAAGGCUGGGGUCGCCGACUCCGGCACUGGGAGGCGCGUCAUCCACUACUACAUCUCAGCCAGCAGCGACGUCAGCCUCACAGACUGGCGGGCCGGCGAAAGUCGAGGUGGACGAGUCGCAACCCACCAUACAGUUGCAGAUCCGCCUGGGUGAUGGCACACGCCUGCAGUCUCGAUUCAAUGCCACACAUACCAUCGGCGAUGUGUACAGCUUCGUCGAUUCCGCCUCUCCAGCUUCGACCCAGCGGCCGUACGCUCUGAUGACGACCUUCCCCAGCAAAGAGCUGAGCGAUCGUGCGCUUGUGUUGGGUGAGAUGAGUGAUUUCAAGAGAGGUGGAGUGGUGGUGCAAAAGUGGAAGUGA